UCCAGUGCUCCUGAACAUACCUUUGGCCACAGUGUUCGUCCUGAGCUGCAUGUAUGCCGUGCCGCUGCAGGGCCAGAAGCCGGGUCAGGUGGACCCCCUGACGGCCCACCGGGUGAACCCGCAGUGCUGGGACUCCUCCUCGGCGCUGCUGCUUGAAAUGCGCUCCCCGAGGAUCGCUGACACGGUGCCCGCCUUCUGGGACCUGAUGGUGUUCCUCAGGUCGUCAGAAAACAGCAAACACACGGCGCUGUUCUGGGACCUGGCCCGAGUCUUUUGGGACAUCUAUGUGGACUGCGUGCUGUCCAGGAGUCACGGCCUGGGACGGAGGCACAUCACCGCUGUACACUCCCUCUUUACUGACAAGUCCUUCAGGUUCAACAGCUCAGGUGUGAACUCCCAGUCAUGGCUCAGUGUCAGAGUGAGGCGCAGAGGACACAUCAAGACCCUGAAGACCAGGCCCAAAUCAAACACACACCACCACAAAUAGUUACAGAAAGAUUUUCAAGUUUAUAGUCUUUAUCAGUGUUUUCUUGCCUUCUGAAAAACAAUACAUGCUGCCCUACAAAGCCAAAAUUCAGUAACUACAUAUUUAUGGUAAAAAAAAAAAAAUUAAAAAAAAGUGUAAAAAGACCUGAAAUGUAUAUAUAUAAACAUAUACCACCACUUUAUUUUUUCUGUAGUAACUGCUCUCUGCCUUUGUAGGGCAGCAUGGCUCUCAGUAGUGACUUCUGUUGAUUUAAUGUUAAUGCACAAUAAAGUGUGCUGAUGAAUGAAAAUACUGGACAGGACUGAAGCUUCAGUUGACAUCAUUAUUUUCUCUAUCAGCACACCUUGAAGUGUAUUAUCACUUUAUAUCACAACCACUUCCCAAAGGAAAAAGAAGGCUGAUUUGACUUGAAAUUGUUGUCUGUUCUUUAUUGUUUGUGUGUACUUUAUUUUAAUCCUCUCAUCCAGGCACACUGCAUGAAUAACAGUACUGUUCCCAUGGUUACCUGCAGUUUAAUACACCUUGCACAUCGAUUCAAAACUGAUUUAUCUGUAUGCUUAUUAUAAGCACAAUAAAUUAAUGUGUUAUGGCUGUGAGUUGUUUAUCCACGACUACCCAGUCAGCAAAUUCCACAUAAAAUGAAUAAAACAGUGACCAAACUGUGGUGCACAUGUGGUGAGAGAUGACAGCCAAAUGAAGCUAAAGCUAAAACAUCCUAUGAAUAGCUGAUGCAGCCCAAAUGUGGUUACUGUGCAGAAUGCUUGUGAAGCAUGGCUGACUAACCAAACCCUGAAUUUAACCCACACAGUCAGACUAUUCUUUAGUUAUAUCACUGUAAGUCUGUUUCAUAAUAAUUUUCCUCCUAAUUUUCCCAAACGUUUCCUAUAGAGAACUCUGUAUGCUGGCACUAACCAUAGGUAAAGUUAAAGACAGCCUUCAGUCAGUACAACCUGAAUGAAAUCAACUCAGAUAAUCGCUGUGCAGCAUAUGAUAAACAGUGAGUCUUUUAUUCAAAGCACUGCAGGUCAGCUGAGCUCGAGUUUCUGAGCUAUCGUCACCAGCACAUCUAGAGGCCGUGUGCUGCAAUUU